AUGACGACCCCUCAUCCGGAGUCCACCGCGGACUGUGAGUUUAUUCAAACUCCUGCGGCUUCUGUGCAGUCCAAACCUGCCUUUGACUGCGGUGUGCCAACCACCCUAUACCCGGCUAUCAAGAAUGCCCCCGUCCCCGCCGAUUCUCCGGGAAGCGAUAGCUUUUCCAAUGGCUUGAUGGCCUUCCUGCUCUUCGUGGUGCCCUGGUACCUGGCCCGCCAGGUUCGCGGCGGCUUCUACACCACCAUCUUCUUCGCUCUCUUCACAACUAUUCCCGUUCUCAUGGCUUUCUGGAGCAUAUCGUCGUCUAUUUCUCCCCGCAAGACUGAGAAGGCCAAGUACUGUGGCCGCCCCGUCGAACACUACCUGCAAUUCCACUCCGAGCACGACCGUGCUACUUACCGCGGCAAGAGCAAGAUCCCCAUGGAGGUCUUCUACGAGAAGUACUUCAAUGGUGAGGUUGAUUUCAAAAUGGAUGCCCUCGAGGCUCUCGAAUACCGCCACGACUGGGCCAACUUCAAGUUCACCAUGGGUCUUUUCAAGCACUUCCUGUUUGGCUUUAUUCCUGAGAUGCUCCUUCACACUCGUUCCCAGGAUGAGGAGCAGGUCCGUGACCACUAUGACCGCGGUGAUGACUUCUAUGCUUGGUUCCUCGGCCCCCGUAUGAUAUAUACCUCCGGUAUCAUUGGUGACAUCAACAAAGAGGAGACACUUGAAGAACUGCAGGACAACAAGCUGGCCGUUGUUUGCGAGAAGAUCGGUGUCCAGCCCGGUGACAAGAUCCUUGACCUUGGCUGCGGCUGGGGUACUCUUGCUAAGUACGCCUCGGUCCACUACGGCGCUCACGUCACUGGUAUCACUCUCGGCCGCAACCAGACUGCUUGGGGUAACAAGGGUCUCCGCGUCGUUGGUAUUGAAGAGGACCAAAGCCGGAUCCUGUGCUCCGACUACCGUGACUCCCCUCGUGUCGAGGGUGGCUACCAAAAGAUCACUUGUCUUGAAAUGGCCGAGCACGUCGGUGUUCGACAUUUCAGCACUUUCCUGUCUCAGGUGUACGAUAUGCUUGAUGACAAUGGUGUUUUCUUCCUGCAGAUCGCUGGUCUCCGCAAGUCUUGGCAGUACGAGGACCUUAUCUGGGGUCUGUUCAUGAACAAGUACAUCUUCCCUGGUGCUGAUGCUAGUACCCCUCUUGGCUUUGUCGUCGACCGCCUUGAGGGUGCUGGCUUCGAGAUCAAGGGCGUUGACACUAUCGGUAUUCACUACUCUGCUACCCUCUGGCGCUGGUACCGGAACUGGAUGGGCAACAAGGACAAAGUUGAGGAGAAGUACGGUAAGAGAUGGUUCCGCAUCUGGGAAUACUUCCUUGCCGCCUCGACUAUCACCUCUCGCCAGGGUGGUGCCACCUGCUGGCAGCUCACUCUCGUCAAGAACAUCAACUCUACUCACCGUGUCGAGGGCAUCCAGUCCCAGUUCGGUCUCACUGGUGCUCGCCAAGCUGCCAUCAACCGUGCCAACGGCACCGUUCCCAGUGCCCAUGUCGUCAAGAAGGACUUGUAA